CAGACAGACAGAAGGAGACAGAGAGACAGACAGAAGGAGACAGAGAGACAGACAGAGAGUAAGAGAGAGAGAGACAGACAGACAGACAGAAGGAGACAGAGAGACAGACAAAGAGAGAUCUGGAUGUAAACUGUUACUCCAGUUUCAGCCAAAAAAAUUUAAUUGUUGAUGUUUGUCCAAAAACACACCCCUCCACUUUCGCCUUCUCUGUCUCUGUCUCGCUCUCUCUGUCUCUCUCCCCCUCUCCUCCUCCUCCUGUGUAAGUGGGAGUGCGCUCUUGCCCCUCUGCAGGCUUUAACACCCCUCUCAGCACUGAGGCACCACACUGUGUCCUGGAAGCUGCUUGUGACUAACACAAAGACUCUCGAUAAACACACACACACACACACACACUCUCACCCGCUAGCGCUUACACACACACACACACACACACAAUGGAUGUCAAAGUUGUGGUGAUGCUUUUCCUCGUUGUGACUAUGAAGGACUCGGAGACUGAAGCGAAGCCCAUCAGCCUGUUGGAGAGGUGCUGGUGCCGCUCGACGCUCAACACCGUGCCACAGAGGAGCAUCCGCGAGAUCAAAUUCCUCCACACGCCCCACUGCCCCUUCCAAGUCAUAGCCAAGCUGAAGAACAAUAGGGAGGUCUGCAUCAACCCCAAGACCAAAUGGCUGCAGCAGUAUCUGAAGAACGCCAUUAGCAAGAUAAAGAAGUCAAGGCAGACUGAUAACUAAAGGCAGCGGGGAUGUGAGAAGAGCCGGCGUGUGUCUCUGACCUCUGUAUUAUGUGUGCACCUCUGACACACACACACACACACACACAUGCACACACACCAUCCCUAUGUGGACUGCUUGCACAAACAGCACUUCGCCUACAAACACCUUUAUUCCUGAUCCAACACAACACACACACACAAACACACACACACACACACACACACAGCACCAUUUUUGCCAUUGUGAGAUUUCAGGCUUGUGCAGGUGUGUAUGCUGAGCUGAACUGAGGGGCUGGAUGUGGAUACAAAUAUUUUUGCGUGUUUUUCUAUAUGCAUUCGCUUUGUGCCUUUUUUUUAAUAGUAAUAAGUUGCUGAUCAGUGUUGUGGUGAAUUAAGAAGGAAAAGGAGAGAGAAUGAGAGUGAGAGAGAGAGAGAGAGAGAGAGAGAGAGAGAGUGUAGCAGUCACGCUUUAAACUCUAAAAAUGUAAGGAAUCAAGGAAGGUUUGAUAUAAAAAACGUAAAACAAAAUGUUGAACGUUUUCUUCACGAGCUAUGACGCUAACGUAGAGAACAUGUAUAGGAGGCAAACAGCUGUCAGCUUAGCGUCACGAUUAGAUCAUCAUUUUGUCAUUCAGCAUUCAAAAGUGGAUAAAAAGACCACCAUUAGGUUCAGACAGGGGGCGUGGCUUAGACUUUGAAGGCGGAACUGUGUGUUCAAAGUGAUUCAGCGAAACCGUUAGCUAUUUCUUAGCUACACAAAGCCGUAAACAGUGAACUUAAUUGUUAAUUUUUUUUAAAAUUCCGCAAAUCUGCUCGCUCAAGUACGUUGAUAAGGAAUGAACGCGUCAUUAGGAGGUGUUUCACGGCGACACUUUCAGUGACUUCGGCAAGAUUCUACUUUUCCUUCGAUGUUGUCACUUUAAGAGUCACAGGAUGAUAUUUCAUGCACUGGCGUAGAUAACUUCUUUUUUUUUUUCUCCUCCUAACACCUUCUACCAGGCCGUAUUUACCUUUAUAAAUCGUGAGAACUCUUUAGGAUUCGGUAACGUAGCUAGCUUUUUCAUAAACUCUAAUCUACUAAACGCUUCAUGUUUUCAAGCUCGGACAAGUAAACAAGGGUUAAACCAUGUUAUAGGGCGCUGACACUGGAGACUCCUUCCGUGAACGUUGAAUAAACAGCUUUUCCUCACAGAAAACGUCACUAUAUAGACCAUGACGUGUUAUUAAGUUAUCAUACUGUAAAAUAUAUACUGUAAACGUUCUGACCAAUCAGAAACAAACGCAUUACGUACGAGAUAAACACGUACGUUUGCGUUAAAGGUGGCGUUAUCGAGUCGUAAACAUGCUUCCAGCGAGUUAUUCUUACCACGUAGAAAGUGUUAGCAUGUUUUAUUUGCUAAGAACAAUAUGACAACUUCACGAUAUCAGGAAAGGUUUGUUUGAUUUCUUUCAAUAAUGCAACUUUCAUAUCAAUGCAAUCUCUCUUGGCAGCUGCUAAUUGUUUCAUUUUAUUUUCUUCUUAAACCUGUGCUUAUGAAAUAUUAUAUAGCGCAUCUCCUUACAGCCAGAGGUUUUAUUCGGUUGUGUCCGCACGCCUGAUCAUGACCUAGGCUUGUGGGGUUUGUUGUAAAAGUGCAAGGUUGGAUCAGUAAAAGGAGACGAAUUUAAGUGAAAUAAUAAUAAAAAAAAAAUAGAAUUUGAGUGCAAUUUGAAACAAAACAAUUGGAAAAAUUGUUUUACCAAUCCAACCAAUCCACCUGAUUGUGUCUUGCAUUACAAAUGCGUCAUAAUUAUGGACCAAAUGUCAUCUAUACGUCCGAUUCUCAACCUUUAGAAAGGUAAAUAGUCAGAGAACUGGGUGAUAUUGGAACAUUUGGCCUCAUAUUUCGUCAAGAUGUUUCCAGAAUUAUGAACAUAUUUAGUGCUGUUUAAUUAUUUACGAACGUUAACUCAUUUUAAACAUGGUUUAUUUUCGUAUGAGGGAACCUUUGAGGGAAAUAUUGUUAUUUGAAAUCAUACGACUGAAAAAACCCCCAAAACCCAUCAUCUAAUCACACGUUUCCAGCGUAACAGCCGGAUGACGAGCAACUCCUAAACCCCUGCUUAUUACCAGUGUAAUCGCAACGGUAUAUAAUAACAUGUGGAUAUGAUUUCCAAGGGAAUGAAACGUGCGUUUUAUCAGCAUCGGGCCAAUACAAUAAGCACUUCACUGCUGUACAUGACUUUAGAAUUUUUUUAAAAAACUUUUGCAGUGUUUUAAAUUUUUUUUAAUGUUAAAAAACAAAACAAAAAAUAAACAAACAAAAAAAACCCCCAGACAACUAUUAAAACUGCUUUUGCCUGCAGAGACUGAACCGUAAAACAUGAACUCUUUACUAAAUGUAUUAGUCAUUUGUAGAGGAUGUCGUUCCAGAGGCGUUUCAUUUUGGCCCAAUAAAAGGGUCUCAUAAAAGGAUUAGCGGAAUACCUAACUAACAACAAAACGCGUAAAAUUCAAUUCUAUUUUGUUUUGGUGACUUUUUACCAUAAAAUUUUAUUAACUGAAUUCAAUUCAAAUGAAUACAUUUUAAACAUAUAUUAUAAUAGAUUUUUCCCCCCGAUGUAUGCAUGAACCCAACAAGCUUUCCAGAAACUUCCACUUUUGACAAUUUAAAAAAAUUCUCACAGAAGGAACUCUGAAUAAUUUUUUAAAUUCUUUAAAAGUGAAUUUCAUUCGAACAUCUGAA